UUAUCAGUGACGGAGCACCCGCCUCAUGGAGUACCAGCACCCGCAGCCCGUUCAGCCCCUCGGCCCGCCGGCGCCGCCCCCGCAACUAUUGCCACCGGCGCCCCCGCCCCCUCUGCCCUCGCUGCCCCAGCUCCAGCAUGGACACGUCCAGGACGACGACCGCUGGAGCCAGUACCACAUCUGGAGGCAGCACGUUUUUGUCAAUGGAAAAUCGGUGAAUGCCAAGGACGCGCUCGAAGAUAAGAAGGAUGACAGCGAGCUCUGGGAAGCACAGGCAGCGUUCCUCGGCCCCAACCUCUGGGACAAAACGCUGCCCUACGAUCCAGAUCUCAAGGUACAAGAAUACGUGGACUUAGACGAGUUCCUGUCGGAGAAUGGCAUGCCGGGAGAGGGUCUCGGUGGCGGGCACCUCGGGGGUUCGGCGUUCGGCGCCGGCGCCGGUCUCGCACUCGGCCUGCAAGCGCCCGUCACCAAGCGCGAGAGAUCGCCGUCGCCGUCGGACUGCAUGAGCCCUGACACGAUCAACCCGCCGCUGUCGCCCGCCGACUCCACGUUUUCUAUGGCGUCUUCGGGGCGCGACUUUGAUCCUCGAACGCGCGCCUUUUCUGAUGAAGAACUGAAGCCGCAGCCCAUGAUCAAGAAAUCCCGGAAACAGGGUGGUAUUAGUCUGUGGCGCGGCGUGCUAACCCCAUAUCGACGUCGUCGGCAGUUCGUGCCCGAUGACCUCAAAGACGACAAGUACUGGGCGCGCCGGCGGAAGAACAACAUGGCUGCCAAGCGAUCUCGUGAUGCGCGCCGGAUGAAAGAAAACCAAAUCGCGCUCAGAGCCGGCUACCUUGAAAAGGAGAACAUGGGCCUGCGGCAAGAAGUGGAAUUGUUGAAGAAAGAGAACCACAUCCUGCGCGAGAAGCUGUCCAAGUAUGCGGACGUAUAAGCGGGCUCACCGCUCAGCACAAACAAGCCACACGAUAUGUCGCGGGCAUAAUCGCGCGUUGCGCCGUCUCGGGGCACACAGCUCCACCUUCUAUUUGUAACGCUUUUCAAAUAUUCGGUUAUAUUGUACUUUACUGACUAAUCUAUUGUUAAUUA